AUGACGGGCACGGGGGGCCGCGCUUGGCAGGCCACAGCCACGCCGAGCCGCCCCGCGCACCCUUUGAAUCCAAACUGCACACAAAGCCCAGCAGACCACCUGAAACCUCAUAUUCAAUCCACUCUUUGCGCUGAGGGACCUACUCAAGGCCCUGCCGCCCCCAUUACGCGGAAUCCCGCAUGCCCCAGCCAUCCUCCGCGUCGUGAACCAUCCUCUGCUGUUGGGUCUCUCGAGCUAAGUACAAAAUCGCCACUGCCUCCUUCCAAGCCUCGUUCGAUCCUCCGUGGCCCACGACGGCCCUCAGAGGGGCCCCGUCAAAGCCAUCGUUGGCCCUCCGACUCGGCGGAGAUACAGAGAAAACCGACAUCCUCUUACGAGGCGUCCCGAGAUCGGCGAUUGUCAGUAUCACAUGAGGGAGCCGACUACAGGGCCUGGCUGUAUGGGCCUCGCUGGUCUGGGGGAGACGCGCGACUAGGGUCCCGGGAUUCCGCUGGUAACCCAGCGGAUGAUGGCCCCUGGGACACUGAAACCGGCUCCGACUCCUACACAGGCACGGAUAGCUCCAGCACGCAAUCUGACAACGAAGCCUCAGCAAGUAUGCAGUUGGCAAUGGCCCAUGAGGCGGCCCGCUGGUUUCCCCACACAAACAUUUACGCGAAGAUGAAGGCCAGCGCCGAGUCUGCAGUCGACAAGGAACAAAAGUACAAGGACGCAGGUGCGCUCACAGACAAAGUUUCAUAA